GUGGCCUGUGCCACCUUCCUGUCCAACCAGUGGCCAAGUUCCUGUUGAGUACUCUGCCGGCUCCCGAAUCCGUAGGUUUUCCGCUUUCAACCUUUUCCAUUCUUGGUACGCAAGACGUGAAAAUUAAGGAUGGCAAGCACAAAAUCUAAGCGCCGUACACGUAACCGUACACAGCGAUAUACGUCGAACGUGUUUUCAAUGUUUACGGAACCCCAGAUAAACGAAUUCAAGGAGGCAUUCUCUCUGAUCGAUUCAAAUAAGGAUAGCAUCAUUGAUCAGAGCGAUCUUGAGGAGAUUUUCCGAUCGUUGGGGAAGACUCCUACUCAGGCCUACCUGGACGAUAUGUUGUCCCAGGCCAAGGGGCAAAUUAACUUCACCAUGUUCCUAACUCUGUUUGGAGAGAAAAUGAUGGGAUGUGAUCCAGAGGAGGCAAUUAUGAACGCAUUUGCGUGCUUCGAUCCAGACGGAUCUGGAGUCAUACCGGAAGACCGUUUGCGGGAACUGAUGACCACCAUGGGUGAUCGGUGGACACACGAUAAAGUUGACGAACUGUUUCACGGAGCACCAAUUAGUAACGGCAAUUUCGACUACAAAGAAUUCACUCGGAUGAUCAUGCACGGUCAGGAUGAAGAAGAUAAUCAAUCCACGCGAGCUUAGUUGCUUUGUUCUUUCUCAAUUUGCUUGGCUCUUUAUUGGCAGUUUGCGAACAAGUCGAACGGCACCAGACUCCAGUUAGCCUUUGCAUUGCUCAGCAUAAAUUUUAUUCCCCUUUUGGCUAUAUGUCUCGUUUAUAAAGUCGUUUUCUCAUCAUACAUUUCCACCAACCUCAGGUG